AUGCCACCACCCUCGGAUCAGCGACAUAAUGUCGACCCCCCAGAGGAAAUCACCUCCGAGGCUGUCCGCGGCUUCAUGACCGGUGUUUUUCGGUUCGGCUCUGUCUCCAUCCUGGCGCAUAUGAUCAUGAUCCUCCCUCAUCCUUUCAAGUUCUCGUCGCCCUCGUCCGCCCCCGUCCCAUCGCAGUCCCCGUCUCAACCUCCGCCGAAGCAAUCGCCCUUCUCGAAAGAGUUCCUCCGCUCGCGACUGUUCUAUCGCCCGUUGGAGGGCUUCUCGGAGUGGCUAUCCCCCGCUUCGAAGAUUUACCGCGGCUUGACGCCCCAGUUCAAAGUGUUUCUCCAGAUCGGAGCCAUGACGCUGGGUGGGUGCAUCUGGGCGGAGCGCAGAGUCGAUGAAUACAUUAAAUAUGUUCGCAAGGUCAAACGGCUCGAAAAACUACAAGCGGAGAGAGCCGCGCGGGGGCUGGAGUAA